CCGCCAACGACUCUUACCACGGCCGAAACUGCAGCGCCGAGGAAUGGAGCUACCAAGAUGCCACCCCCCUCUCCGGGAAGAUCGUGCUCGCCGUCGUCCUGGCGCUCGUCACGCUGGCCACGGUGCUCUCCAACGCCUUUGUCAUCGCCACGGUCUACCAGACGAGGAAACUCCACACGCCGGCCAACUAUCUCAUCGCCUCGCUGGCCGUCACUGACCUCCUCGUCUCCAUCCUCGUCAUGCCCAUCAGCACCGUGUACACUGUGACCGGCAAGUGGACGCUGGGCCAGAUCGUCUGCGAUAUCUGGCUGUCCUCGGACAUCACCUGUUGCACGGCGUCCAUCCUGCACCUCUGUGUCAUCGCCCUGGACCGCUACUGGGCGAUCACCGACGCCGUCGAGUACUCCACGAAACGGACUCCAAAGAGGGCAGCGGGCAUGAUCGCUCUGGUAUGGAUCUUCUCCAUCUGCAUCUCCAUGCCCCCUUUGUUUUGGCGGCAGGGGGAAGGGGGGGGAGUGCUUUUCGUUUGGGGAAAAACGGUGUACUCCACGGUGGGAGCCUUCUACUUCCCCACUCUGCUGCUGAUAGCCCUCUACGGGAGGAUCUACGUGGAAGCCAGAUCGCGGAUUUUGAAGCAGACGCCAAAGAAAGCAGGUAAAAGACUAACGCGGGCUCAGUUAAUCACAGACUCCCCGGGGUCGUCGUCCUCUGUCACGUCCAUAAACUCCAAGGCCCCCGAGGGAUCCAGCGAAACGGGCUCUCCCGUGUACCUGAACCAGGUGAAGGUGAAGGUCUCGGAUGCUCUGCUGGAGAAAAAGAAGCUUACGGCCGCUAGAGAGCGGAAAGCUACAAAGACUUUAGGGAUUAUUUUAGGAGCCUUCAUCGUCUGUUGGCUGCCCUUUUUCAUCAUCAGCCUGGUGUUGCCUAUUUGCAAGGACGCUUGCGGGUUGCACAUGGCCAUCUCUGACUUUUUCACGUGGCUUGGAUAUCUCAACUCCCUCAUCAACCCCAUCAUCUAUACUAUGUCUAACGAAGACUUCAAACAAGCUUUCCACAAACUCAUACGUUUCCGAUGCACAAGCUGAAGAUUUUGAAAUGCGAUGUGUUCUCCGGGGCUGCCCCCAUG